AUGCCAGCACUCGCGCGCAGGUUCUUGAUCUGGGCGACGGUGGACGGGCUGGUCCUGCAAGCCCACGGCCCUGCUGACCAUCAGAAAACCAUCCAGAUUGACUAUCAACGGCGACAACUCAAGGAGAUUCCCAACAGUAACGCCGAGCCUCGACAGGGUGUUGCGCUAGAAUCUCACGGCAUAAUUGGCCUGCUUUCGGUCGCCUCGACGUCCUUUCUCAUUGCCAUCACACAGCGGGAACAAGUCGCUCAGAUUUAUGGGAAGCCUGUCUUUGUCAUCACCGACAUUGCCCUCCUCCCUCUGUCGUCGCAGACGGACGCCGACAAAGCCAUCAAUGCAGCGACCGCGACCACAUCGCCAGGCUCGACCGCAUCUACUACAGACUCCGACUCCGAGUUGAGUGAUCCUGGAGAGGACGACGACGAUAGCCUGUCUAGUGAUGCCGAGCCCAAGGCGCCUAUAGCCGGAAAGCAGACGCUACAGCGAAGCUCGAGUGUCACGAGCAUCGCCAAAGAUGUCUGGGUUAACCGUGGCCAAUAUGGACGAUUUGCUUCUCAAUGGUUCUCGAGGAGGGGCUGGGGCGUGGAUAGAAGUGGUCCAAAGCCGCCUGUGUCUUCGGAUGCGGAUCCAACGUCUGAAGGCGAUGCAGCCGCUGCUGUAAACCUCCCGGAAGCAAAGCACGACGCGCCAGAAUCUGAACAGACUCGAGCAGCGGAGCAGAUCAUGGCCGGCGGUUCCGUCCAAGACGCUCUGCCCAAGAUUCUCCGAACCACCAAAAUGAUCUUGACGUCCGGCAGCUUUUUCUUUUCGUACGAUAUCGAUCUCACCAGACGACUGUCAGUUAUGACGGGCACGUCAAAGGCGCCAUCUGCGGACUCUCUUGACCCGUUGUAUUUCUGGAAUAGACGCCUGGCAGCACCUUUCUUGGACGCCCGACAAGACUCAUUAUUGAUGCCGAUUCUGCAGGGGUUCGUGGGACAGAGAUCAUUCGUGGUCAAGAAAUCCGAAGCGCGCGACGAAGCAUCAGCAGAUGUGGUGUCAGCUGAGGAUGGCAAAGCCUCUACAGGUGUGGACCAGGCACUCAACCAGGCGAAGCAGAGCCUUGCGAGCGUGGAUGGGGAGACCCAGGAUUAUCUCCUCACGCUGAUCUCUCGUCGAUCGGUCAAACGAUCGGGGCUACGUUAUCUAAGACGAGGAAUCGACGACGAAGGGAAUUGCGCCAAUGCCGUGGAAACCGAGCAGAUCUUAUCGGGCCCGGACUGGUCUCCCACCCGGGGGAUACGAUCUUUCGUGCAGAUCCGGUGCUCUAUCCCUCUGUACUUCUCGCAGUCGCCGUACGCGCUCAAGCCAACCCCAAUGCUCCAUCAAUCCGCCUCCAAGAAUGAGAUGGCAUUCAAAAGGCAUUUCCAGGACCUCAAGAGGCGGUAUGGGGGUGUUCAGGUUGUAGCACUGGUGGACAAACAUGGAAGCGAGGCCGUUAUUGGCGAUGCAUUCGAGAAAACCUUCCGCUCUAUGCAGGAAUCGCGUCAACUUGACGGUGUCCAGUUCGAAUGGUUUGACUUCCAUUCCGAAUGUCGCGGCAUGAAGUUCGAGAACGUGUCGAAAUUGGUGCAGAAAAUUGAGGACACGAUCAACGGGUACGGUGAGACCGUCAUCUCGUCAAAGGGAGUCGAAGUCACGCAAUCCGGGGUCAUUCGCACCAACUGCAUGGACUGUUUGGACAGGACGAAUGUGGCGCAAAGUGCUUUUGGGCAGUACAUGUUGCAGAAAGACCUCGGUCAGGAGGGAUUCGAGAUCGAUCUCCUUCACGACGAAAGUACGACCUGGUUCAACACGCUGUGGGCUGACAACGGGGACGCGAUAUCGCGACAAUAUGCUUCGACAGCGGCGUUAAAAGGUGAUUUCACCCGCACUCGCCGGCGCAAUUACCGAGGGGCAUUGAACGAUUUCAGCUUGACCUUGACCCGCUACUACAACAACAUGGUCAACGACUACUUCUCUCAGGCAGUCAUAGAUGUCCUGCUGGGCAACAUGUCGUGGAAGAUUUUCGAGGAUUUCGAGAGUACGAUGAUGAACGUGGAUCCUGGAAUAUCAAUCGAUCAAGUGAGGGAGACGGCCAUUGAGAACUGCGCCAAGCAGGUCAUUCAAGAUACGGACGAAGAUCUCAUUCAUGGAUGGACGAUGCUGACUCCGGCGCAUGAUAACACCUUGCGAACACUCCCGUUUGAAGAGGCCGUAGUUCUCUUGACAGAUGCGGCCAUCUAUUGUUGCAGAUUUGACUGGACGACUGAGAAGCUCGCGUCGUUCGAGAAGAUUGAUAUACGCUCAGUCUCGAAAAUCAAGUACGGGACAUACAUCACCUCGACAUUCAGUGAACGACAAACGAACGAAGAGCUGAAUGCGGGCGUGGUGAUCAUCUACCAGCCCGGCAAGGGCAAUACCAUUCGAACCAACACUCGGUCCUUGCAAAACUACGUUGCCCCGAACCAUGAAGUCGACGGCGGCACCGGCAUUCUCUCCUGGCUGAGUCCCAGCUCGCCGGCGUCGUCAAAAACGCUGGCACUGAAAGUAAUCCCCGCCAGCACGCACUCAGAUGCGCCACAUCAACAUCGCAGCCAGACGCCUCUUGCGGUGGCCGAAAACAUUGCGGAGGAGAUCCGCAGGGCCAUUCUGGGGGGUUCGGCCGCAGCAGACCGGGAAGCAAAGACAGAAGAGCUUGUAGAGAAGCAGGACAUCAUCUCGCUGGAGGAAGCGAAGAAGCGUACGGGGUAUUUUGAACAGCUGGGAUACACGAUCAAGAAGAUGGUAUGGUCGUAG